AUGCCACGUCCCUUAAGAUCGAGCUGUGAUCGUUGUCACUCACACAAGCUCAAAUGUCCGAAGCAGCCUGGAGUCGCAACCUGUACAAGAUGUCUCAAGGCCGGCGCCACUUGUAUCUUCAGCCCGGCCGGACUUAGCGCUCGACGCGCAUUGCCGGCCUCUAAUCUUACCUACUUGAACGGCGACCUGGAUAUGAACAUGCAGUUUGACUGGCCUCCUUUGGAAUUUGAAAAUGCCUUAGUUACUCCUCCAGAAAUUUCCCAAGAAUCCCUACCAGAUCAACAAGUCGAACAAUCAGAGCCUACUUCGCAGGACCCACGGUCAACCUGUGUUCGUCUACUAACCUCCUUGGCUGUUGAGGUUAAUCAGGUUUCCAUAACUUUAUUAUCUGUAUCGCACGUCCAUAUACCAAAAAAUCGACCAAUUAAGGAAUAUCAUGAUAAAUUCGUUGAAAAUACAUCCCGCACCGUCUGUAUCGAGCAACUCUUCGCUCUAGCCCAACGCCUUACGGAUAUUUACCCACAGGUCCUAAGCGUCCUUUUUGAUGCGUCAGACUCUCCCGACUGCCAGGAUCCCGAUUGCUUUCAUUUGUCCGAGCUGCCUGACGAUAUAGCGGCCUUCUUUUCGACCCCGGGUGAUGAUCAGAAUGAAAUUGAUACCUUUCUCUUUAACCUUCUGGUAUCCUGCCAUGCCAAGGUUGUAGACGCGAUAGGGACUAUUAUCAGCUGCGCGAGAGCGUGUACUCAGGUCACCUUGGCGUCACCCGACCUUGUCGAGCCGCAUGUGCAUGUACCAGAAGUUCGAGUUGGAAACUUUGUUGCAACCAAUACGGCCGCUUCGACGAUGCAGACCGUCCUCUUGAUCCAUAUCGCUUCGGUUCUGGUUGAUAAUGCUCAACGGCUUACUAAACGAGUCAUUGCCACAAUAGAGGGCAGGCCUGACAGCAAGCAAGCUCAAAUGCUGAAACUCCAAUGCGAGCUAUUGGAGGAGAAAUCUGUCUCCAAGAUGAAACUAUUGCAACAGGUCAAGGAUCUAUUUACAACUAUAAGUUUCAUGAACUGCGACCGAAGGACGACAUUGUCGAAAAAAUGA